ACUGGUGACUCUCGAUAGGAGCUGCUGGCGAAGUCUCAGCAAACAAGCAGGGAAAGUUUCCAGCAGUCAGUGCAAAAACAAGACUCUGUCCUCAGAGGCCCUCUGGAUGUGCAGAGCGCUGCGAUUGUGGAGGAAGGGGCCGGGGGGAACGGCAAGCAAGACAAACCCAAACCACAGAGGAGGAUGUCCUGCCUGAGAGCAGACAAGAACGCCCGCUUCCAACUAACCAUGCUGCAGAUCUCCUCGAGCGGAGACAACAUGGUGGAGUGCCAGCUGGAGACCCACAAUAACAAGAUGGUGACCUUCAAGUUCGACACCGACGGAGACGCACCCGAGGACAUUGCAGAGUACAUGGUGGAGGAGGACUUUGUGCUGGAUCUGGAGAAGGAGAAGUUUGUGGAGGAUUUGCGAUGCAUCGUGGGUCGAGGCCCGGACCUCCUGCGGUCAGCUAGUCACGGAGAGGGUGCGCUCCCCCACCAAGGUCCUCGGCUCCCGCCCCCCACCCCCGUCCCCCCGAACCUCUCCCGCCCCCGGCCCACAUACCCUGUCAUUCACAGCAACCUCAUAUCGGGGAUGGGUAAAAAAUUUUUGCUUCUAGCCUUUAUAUAUACAGAGACAUAUGGAAGACUAGCAAGCAAGUGCAUGAUAACCUCGUAUGAGGCUGGGAGGUGA